AUGAGGAAGAGCGUGUGGGUCAGAGGAAGAGCGUGUGGGUCAGAGGAAGAGCGUGUGGGUCAGAGGAAGAGCGUGUGGGUCAGAGGAAGAGCGUGUGGGUCAGAGGAAGAGCGUGUGGGUCAGAUGAAGAGCGUGUGGGUCAGAGGAAGAGCGUGUGGGUCAGAUGAAGAGCGUGGGGGUCAGAUGGAGAGUGUGUGGGUCAGAGGAAGAGCGUGGGGGUCAGAGGAAGAGCGUGUGGGUCAGAGGAAGAGCGUGUGGGUCAGAGGAAGAGCGUGUGGGUCAGAUGAAGAGCGUGUGGGUCAGAUGAAGAGCGUGUGGAUGAAGGGUGUGUGGGUCAGAGGAAGAGCGUGUGGGUCAGAGGAAGAGCGUGUGGGUCAGAUGGAGAGCGUGGGGGUCAGAGGAAGAGCGUGUGGGUCAGAUGAAGGGUGUGUGGGUCAGAUGAAGGGUGUGUGGGUCAGAGGAAGAGCGUGUGGGUCAGAGGAAGAGCGGUGUGGGUCAGAUGGAGAGCGUGUGGGUCAGAUGGAGAGCGUGGGGGUCAGAUGGAGAGCGUGGGGGUCAGAAGAAGAGCGUGUGGGUCAGAGGAAGAGCGUGUGGGUCAGAUGGAGAGCGUGGGGGUCAGAAGAAGAGCGUGUGGGUCAGAUGAAGGGUGUGUGGGUCAGAGGAAGAGCGUGGGGGUCAGAGGAAGAGCGUGUGGGUCAGAUGAAGAGCGUGUGGGUCAGAGGAAGAGCGUGUGGGUCAGAUGAAGAGCGUGGGGGUCAGAUGGAGAGUGUGUGGGUCAGAGGAAGAGCGUGGGGGUCAGAGGAAGAGCGUGUGGGUCAGAGGAAGAGCGUGUGGGUCAGAGGAAGAGCGUGUGGGUCAGAUGAAGAGCGUGUGGGUCAGAUGAAGAGCGUGUGGAUGAAGGGCGUGUGGGUCAGAGGAAGAGCGUGUGGGUCAGAGGAAGAGCGUGUGGGUCAGAUGGAGAGCGUGGGGGUCAGAGGAAGAGCGUGUGGGUCAGAUGAAGGGUGUGUGGGUCAGAUGAAGGGUGUGUGGGUCAGAGGAAGAGCGUGUGGGUCAGAGGAAGAGCGUGUGGGUCAGAUGGAGAGCGUGUGGGUCAGAUGGAGAGCGUGGGGGUCAGAUGGAGAGCGUGGGGGUCAGAAGAAGAGCGUGUGGGUCAGAGGAAGAGCGUGUGGGUCAGAUGGAGAGCGUGGGGAGGAAGAGCGUGGGGGUCAGAGGAAGAGCGUGUGUGGGUCAGAGGAAGAGCGUGGGGGUCAGAGGAAGAGCGUGUGUGGGUCAGAGGAAGAGCGUGGGGGUCAGAGGAAGAGCGUGUGGGUCAGAAGAAGAGCGUGUGGGUCAGAGGAAGAGCGUGGGGGUCAGAGGAAGAGCGUGUGUGGGUCAGAGGAAGAGCGUGGGGGUCAGAGGAAGAGCGUAGUGCAUGGGGGUAAAGGGCCGAUCUCCUACCGCAUUGGUGGGGUACUUGCAGCAGUAGUUCUUGUCUGGGCUCAGCUCGCCAUCAAUAGUGAUUCGAUUCGACUCGAUAUCACAGCACAGAAAAGACCUGGCCAGUUCGAGGUGAACAAUCCAGCCUGUCACUCACUCGAAACGGCUCGAUCGCGUAAACUACUGCUGCAGCCCUAA